AUGCGCAAAGCUCUGGUCCUUGCGCUGGCGAUAGCGUUAGCAGCGGUGCUACUGGCGUCCUUCAGAAUUGCAGACGGCCAAGGUGCCCCCCCCUCGGAAUGUCCCCUCGUCACCGGAUAUGAGUUUCACCGCAAGCAGGAGGCGGCCCGCGUGCUCAUCCUUGGCACAUCCGCCGCCUCUUCGCCUGACAGCAUCGCCGAGGAAUGUGGAAACACGAGGUUCUGUAACGCCUUCACUGCCGCUGGUGACCUGCUGUCCGUCCCCAUGUUCCCCGUGUUCACUGACAUGGAGGGGGACAGCAGUGAUGACGAGGCUCGUGAUGAUACACGGCAGUCAUGUGCGGGUACCUACGUCGCCACGGUCGGGGGUACCUUUGGUUUGAAAUUGCCUGAUAACUUGGAUUUCGACUUGUUGCGCCGGGAGGGAGAGGUGUCGGCUUUGGGCAUGAGAGCAACAAUUGCCGUGGCCAAAGAGCUACCACAGCUCGUUGGCUGGCAAUUAAGCCCACGCAUGCUGAUGCGCCUAAGCGGUAGGAGCGGCAUCGAGUGGUGGGUGACGGCGGUGUUGGAGGCAGUGAACCUGAACCCCCAAGACGCCGCCGACCUUCCUGAAGAAAUUCUCAUGGAGGCGUUCACGACAGCACUUGCUGUUGUAUCUAUACCUCUGCCAAGCCGAUCAGGCGCCCAGACAUGGAUCUACAUGAUCCCCUUCAUGAACGAUUCAGCGGAACAGGGCAAUGUCAUCGGAAACUAUGACUUUGAAGGCAUCCUUGCGGCGGUGCAGUACCCGGAAUGGGACUCCCGUUUCAGCGGUCCUUUCAACUUCGUCAGCCCCGUCAAGGACCAGGGGGGGUUGUUCUUCUGUAAUGGCGUGGAGAGGGCUUACUGCCAUAUUGGCUGGUACGCCGAGAUGCCGAUGGAGAUUAUUGAGAAAAAGAAUUUGCCGUACGAACGGAAUUAUCCGUACAAUCCGUAUUCGGAAAAUCCCAGCUGUGCCCUAAAUGCGCCACCGGAGAUGACACCGGGCGGCCAAUUCAAAAGGGUCUUUCUCACAGAUUACACAGCGCACAGUGCUCCCCCGACGAUUGACAGGAUCGGGUGGUAUGUAUGUAUGUAUGUAUGCGUGGACGUCAAGGCGCAUAUCCGCAAGUACGGUGCUGUGACAUCGUGGUUUAUCGUGUACCAAGACUUCGUGUGGCGGGGUGAUGACGAGCCUUAUAGAUGGGAUGGAUACAGUGCGCUCGCGGGCUAUCACCAGGUGGCGGUAGUUGGCUACAGCGAUGUGGGUUUGAUACCCUGA